UUUGUGGCAUCCCCCUCCCUCCACCCUUUCCCAUUCUCAUAAUCUAGCCAUGACUGGCAGAAGCACAGCCAGGCCCAAUGGGCAGCCCCAGGCCAGCAAAAUAUGCCAGUUCAAAUUGGUCCUGCUGGGUGAAUCUGAAGUGGGGAAGUCUAGCCUGGUAUUACGUUUUGUCAAAGGACAGUUCCAUGAGUACCAAGAGAGCACCAUUGGAGUGGCCUUCCUCACCCAGUCUGUUUGUCUAGAUGACACAACAGUCAAGUUUGAGAUCUGGGACACAGCUGGACAGGAACGAUACCAUAGCUUGGCCCCCAUGUACUACAGAGGUGCCAAAGCUGCCAUUGUGGUUUAUGACAUUACUAAUCAGAAAACCUUCACCCGAGCGAAGACAUCGGUAAAGGAACUACAGCGACAGGCCAGUCCUAGCAUCGUUUUUGCCCUGGUGGGGAACAAAGCUGACCUGGCCAAUAAGCACAUGGUGGAGUAUGAAGAGGCCCAGGCGUAUGCAGAUGACAACAGCUUAUUGUUUAUGGAGACUUCAGCCAAGAUAGCUAUGAAUGAUCUCUUCCUGGCAAUAGCUAAGAAGUUGCCAAAGAGUGAACCCCAGAAUCUGGGGGGUGCAGCAGGCCGAAGCCGGGGUGUGGAUCUCCAUGAACAGUCCCAGCAGAACAAGAGCCAGUGUUGUAGCAACUGAGGGGGUGGCUAGCAGCAAACAAGUAUGGAGCUAGCACGAGAGCUAAGAAAUAACCUCCAUCCCCACCCCUCAGCACACA